CUCACUAGCUAUAGCAGUGCUAAUACAGUAGUGUCCAUCGUUGGACGAAACUAAACGAGGGGAGAAGAGGGACAGAUCGAGAUGAAGCUCUAGUUCGUCACUGCUAUAGCGGCACUAGUGCUGCUAGCCGCACAGCAUGCCUCCCUCGUCGCCGCCGGCAGAGGCCCCAGGGUCAUCAUCGUCGGCGCCGGCAUGUCCGGGAUCUCGGCGGGGAAGCGGCUGUGGGACGCCGGGUUGAGGGACCUGCUGAUCCUGGAGGCGACGGAGCGCGUGGGCGGGCGGAUGCACAAGCACAACUUCGGCGGCCUCAACGUGGAGAUCGGGGCCAACUGGGUGGAGGGCCUCAACGGGGACAAGGUCAACCCCAUCUGGCCCAUGGUCAACGCCAGCCUCCAGCUCCGCAACUUCUACUCCGACUUCGACGGCGUCGUCGGCAACGUCUACAAGGAGAGCGGUGGCCUUUACGACGAGGAGUUCGUGCAGAAGAGAAUGGACCGCGGCGACGAGGUGGAGGAGCUGGGCGGCAAGCUCGCCGCCAAGAUGGAUCCCAGCGGCCGCGACGACAUGUCCAUCUUGGCCAUGCAGCGCCUCUUCAACCACCAGCCGAACGGGCCGGCGACGCCGGUGGACAUGGUGCUCGACUACUUCAGGUACGACUACGAGUUCGCCGAGCCGCCGCGCGUCACCAGCCUGCAGGGCACCGAGCCGACGGCCACCUUCGCCGACUUCGGGGACGACGCGCACUUCGUCGCCGAUCAGCGGGGAUUCGAGACCCUCAUAUAUCACAUCGCCGGCCAGUACCUGCGUUCCGACAAGUCCGGGAACAUCAUAGAUCCUAGGGUCAAGCUCAACAAGGUGGUGCGUGAGAUCUCCUACAAGCAGAGAGGCGUGGUGGUGACUACGGAGGACAACUCAGCGUACAGCGCAGACUACGUGAUCGUGUCCGCGAGCAUAGGGGUCCUGCAAAGCGAUCUCAUACAGUUCAAGCCUCAGCUUCCAGCAUGGAAGAUCCUUGCCAUCUACCGAUUUGACAUGGGCGUGUACACCAAGAUCUUCCUCGAGUUCCCCAGGAAGUUCUGGCCAACGGGCCCCGGGAAGCAGUUCUUCGUCUACGCCAGCUCCAGGAGAGGCUACUACGGGAUGUGGCAGUCGUUCGAGCAGGAGUACCCGGGUGCCAACGUGCUGAUGGUGACGGUGACGGACGUGGAGUCGCGGCGGAUCGAGCAGCAGCCCGACAAUGUCACGAUGGCGGAGGCCGUGGGCGUGCUGCGGAACAUGUUCCCCGACCGGGACGUCCCCGACGCCACCGAUAUCUACGUGCCGCGCUGGUGGUCCAACCGCUUCUUCAAGGGCUCCUACUCCAACUGGCCCGUCGGCGUCAACCGCUACGAGUACGACCAGCUCCGGGCGCCGGUUGGCGGGCGGGUCUACUUCACCGGGGAGCACACCAGCGAGCGCUACAACGGCUACGUCCACGGAGCUUAUCUUGCAGGUCUCUUAUCCUCUUCCGGCCCCUCACGCGAGGUGGUCUGUGAUCUGAGAUGUAUGCGGUUUUUCCUUUGCUAACGAGGCACCGCUGCUUCCGUUGCAUUGCAAGUAUAGAUGUCAUUUGGUUGACACCAAAGGAAUUUUUCUAUUGAGUCUAGGCUCAUUUUUAUUUUCCUAUGAAAUGUGGAGGAUAAGAACCAAUCCUAUGUAGGAAUAGGAAUCCAUUUCUAUGAACCAAAGGGCUCUAAAGGAAAAAAUCCUAUAAGAAUCCUAUCCUCUAGAAAUCCUAUGAAAUUCCUACAAACUAAAGGAGGCCAUAGACUCCGCGGACAUUCUCAUGAACAAGGUCCUCAACAACGUGGAGUUCAAAGCCCGCCCCAAGUAUGACGACGAGCAGAAAGCUGAGGUUAAGUGAAUGAGGAAGUUGAGAUGCCAUGCCACUCUGCUCGCACCGUCAAGGAAUAAACCCACACGCGUGCCACAGUUUCCGUGGAAGCUUUUCCCCAAGACUUUGAUUUGAGGCAAAAUAAUGUGACGUUCCUGCUUUCCUUCGUGCCUCCAGUGUUUGAAUUCUCCGAGAGUGUGUAGUUCCUGUUAAAGCGUUCCAGUGAUGUAAUUUCUAUAAUUUAAUCGAAUAAAAGCACUUGGCUUUUGAGGUCUAAAGUUCGUCCUUGAGCAGAAUGGUGGCCUAUAUUGACAAUACUCUUUAACGGUAUAUACUAGCAUAAUGUUCAUGCUUUG